AGAAAAACAAAGUUUUAUACUCUCUUCUAAUUAAUUCAAAGGGAACUUCCUCAUUUUCAUAUCCUUCACUCUCAACUUGCAAGCUAUUUCUUGUAAGAGAAAGAGAGACGCAAAACAAAAAUAAAACAGCAAGUAAAAAUGGCAAGCUGUAGCAUGGCAUCAUCAGUAGCUGCUCGCCUUGGGCUGACACCAGUGUUGCCCAACAGAAACUUUUCACCAAGGAGCACAAGGCUUGUUGUGCGCGCAGCUGAAGACGCUGCUGCUGCACCCGCUGCUGCCGCUCCCGCGGGCGAAGCACCAGCAGCUGCAGCUAAGCCACCUCCAGUUGGACCUAAGAGAGGUUCUAAGGUGAGAAUCCUGAGGAAGGAAUCAUACUGGUACAAGGGUGUUGGAUCUGUUGUUGCUGUUGACCAGGAUCCAAAAACAAGAUACCCAGUUGUGGUGCGAUUUAACAAGGUGAACUACGCGAAUGUAUCAACCAACAACUACGCAUUGGACGAGAUUCAAGAAGUUGCAUGAGCAAACUUAUAUAAUCUAUGUGGCUCUAUAAGUUUGUGAAAUUUGCAAACAUUUAGAUGAAUUAGAAAGCUUUUCUACUAUGCCUAUCCAUUGUACAUCUACUUCUUUUGAGUAUCAAGUUCUGCCCAUGAAUACUCCUCACAUAUGCUUAUUGUUCUCUUAAAUAUUGAUCAUUAUUCUUUAACUA